ACCUUCCAUUUGUCAAGUUCAUACCCCCUUUUUUUCUCACACUCUACCAACUCUCUAUGCAUAAAAACCUCAUUAUUUUCCUUGUUUUCCAAAUCAAAACAUAAACCCAUUUUUCAAAGCAUAUUAGUACUCCCUUUUGCAACAUAACACAUUAGAGUUUAUAAAUAUUAUCAUGGCCAUAUCUCCAAGAAAGCUUAGAAAUGAUGUGUAUUCAUACACAUACCAAGAUGACUCAAACACCCCUUUGGUCAUCUCAGUUCUUGCUUCAUUAAUUGAAAGAACUUUAGCUAGAAAUGAAAGAAUUAGUAGAAACGACUGUGGUGCUACAAUGUCUAGGACUACUAGCUCAAAAACUCGGGUUUUCGAUUGCAACGAGACACCCGACAUGACGAUACAAUCGUAUCUUGAACGUAUUUUUAAGUACACGAAAGCUGGUCCAUCGGUGUAUGUAGUGGCAUAUGUGUAUAUCGAUAGGUUUUGUCGAUCACAUCCUGAAUUCAGAAUAACUGGCCGGAAUGUUCAUAGACUUCUUAUUACAACCAUUAUGGUGGCUUCUAAAUAUGUUGAAGACAUGAACUAUAGAAAUUCUUAUUAUGCAAGAGUUGGUGGAAUAACAACAAAGGAAAUGAACAGCUUGGAGCUUGAUUUUCUAUUCCUGAUGAAUUUCAGAAUGCAUGUUAAUGUGAGUGUUUUCGAGAGCUAUUGUUGUCACUUAGAAAGAGAAGUUAGCAUUGGAGGUGGUUACCAUAUCGAAAAGACUUUAAGAUGUGCCGAAGAAACAAAAUAUCGACAAACAAACGAUAGAGUAUUUAAUCGAAUCGCUCGAAUUACUUUGUAAAAUAGUACUAGUAGAAUUCUUAUAAACCAUGUUUUGGUUGUAUAGAUUGUAUGUGUAUAAUAUAUAUAUAUAUGUAGCAAACUAUUAUAAAUUUAAUCAGUUAUUCUUUUGUUUUAA